AUGCUCCGACACGCUGGCGUCGUGUAUGCACGAAAGGCCAGCGGACCUUGCCGGCCGUACUCGGCUCUCACAGCAGCGGACUUUCUUCGCGCGCAAGCGGCGCGCGGUGCCAAUAUGGAGGCUGAUCCGCGCGGCAUCGACUACGACUUGUUUGAGUCGCCAUCGCCCGAGUAUGAGCGGGAAAAGCGUCUUGCACCUGCUGUGUCUGACACGCCGGCGCCCGUGGCGACGAUGCAGCGAGUGAUUCGUCAGGGUGAUUUCCUCGCUGCGUCGCGUCUGUUUGAGCAGCUGUGCGAGCUAGGCACGCUCUUGGACAUGCCACUUGACGAGUAUGCACAUGCAGCACGGUGGUGUGCCGCGUCAGGCCAAGUGCAGCAGGCAGUCAAGUUCCUUCAUCGUGUGCCGAGUGCAUCGACGCACAGCCUCGACACAUCGCAUCAAGUCGCACAGACGCUCCUAUGGCUUGCUCAAGCGCAUGAUCACGACGUAAUAGAGCAGGCCGUACUCACCGCAGCGAAGCAUGGAUUUGCACGCGUGCUUCCUCACACACUCAGUGCCAUAUACCAGGGGCCGUUCGGCGGCUCUCCACACAGAGCCCAGUCGCUGUGGUGUGCGGUGGUGGAUGAGCUGCGUGCUCGCGAUACGGACGUGGAAUUCCUCACACAUCUCUAUGGCCGUGUCGUCCGUGCACAGGUGCGCGGACGGCACCACAUGUCAAUUCACGAUACCCUACUUGGACGACGCGAGUCAGGCGAGUCGGUCGCGGAACGGAUGCAAAACACAAAGCUGGUCGCUCGUGCGGUUUUCCCGCUAGAUAUACGCACAGAAGCCCUUCUUCGUGGUGAGAAUGUACGUCCACGACGUGGGGCCCGCAUGUCGCUGCGUGAUCGCGACCGGUUCUCGCACCAUGCACGAGCAGGCGAUCUUGCUCGCAUGCGCAGUGUGUUAUUGGGCGUAGCGGGACAGGGAACGAUGCCUUCCGUCGAGCAUGUGGCAACGCUAUUGUGCAUGGCAGCUCGACACGAACAUGUCGAUAUGCCAGCGAGUGAUACCAAGCCAGCGUACCGCGUGUCAACAGGGAUGUAUUUGCGCCCCUUGCGCCGUCGGCUUGUAUCGCGGUUUCCUGGCCUGUGGGAGACUGCGACUCUUCGUGCACGUGAGAAGGAGGGUGACUGGCUUGGCGCGCUGCGCUUGUGGCAGCGGCGGUUCGAGCCCAUUGCUGGCGUGCGACAAGCAGCGGUGGAUGAACUGCUUGCUCAACAUGGUGCGUCGUCUGACUCACUACAGCGCCGGACAUACGCAGCUGCCGUUGCACGCAACAGUGAGCGACGACCUGGGCAUGAGCGCCAGGCACGGCCGCGUAUUAUGCCGACGCCGUAUGCGGUUGCGACCGUAUUUCGUGCGCUUGUUCGUGGAUAUGGUCCGCAGGCCAAGCCACUUGCCCUGAUGUACGCUUCGUUUGUCGACAGAGUUAUGCCGGGGGGACCCGAGGCGAGUGUGGCCUGUUUUGAGGCGUUUAUUGCCAUGUCAAGUCGCGUCGAUCCCAAGCGCUUUGUCAGCCCCAGGGCUGAGCGGAGGCAUGCUUCUCAGCUGCCUACGAUGUGGACGAUGCUGCGUGAUAUGCAGAAAGCUGGCCUUCUGCCUCGCUCGACGACAUGGACACUCUUCCUACAAGCCCUCGCGCGUGAUAGGUCACGUACCAAGUGGCACUUGGUCCUUCGCUUGCUUCGUGCCAUGAAUGCGCAGCAUGAUGCACCACAGGCAUUGCCUCGUGCUACGCCUGCUACGUACAAGGGGCUCUUGCAUGUGUUGAUGCGCGUUCGGUCCACAGGUCGAAUACGAUGGCGCCGGAACAAGAUCUGCGCGCUUUUGGCUCGACGCCGUAUGUAUGAGGCGUCCGAUCCAGGGCCAGGUUCAAGUCCAAGGCCAUAA